CUCAAUGCUCACAACAUAGAGCUGCUUAUGGAGUGAUCAACCUUAAUAAUAAAAAGAAAAUAUCCUCUGUGUGGAUACUCGGUACCUUCGGAAACAGCAUAUAACCGAUCAGUAGCUGACCACAUUCAUUUCUCUAAGAGACCCUACCAGCUCGUGACCCCUGACCUUCUAUUCAGAAACGUAUUCUGAAUUCUAAGAAGUGACUUUCACUUUCAUCUCCAACGACGGUAAGUGUGGCAGGGCUGCAGGUUGUCUGCAGGUUGUCUGUAAGAAAAUUCGCGAUAAGAUCUUCAUAUAUAUCUGCCACUACAUACAAACCAGGGUGAGGGUACAAAUACCCAGAGGAACUCCAGUCACGUGGUAUCUCCAAGGCUACUAUCUCUCCACGAGUAGCUCAACUCACACCCGGUGUUGUAAGUGUGGAUCACGUGAUUCCUUCGUCCUGCAAACAGUGGUAUUCAUGGCUGCAGUCGAAUAAUACAGGUGAAAUCAAAACAUGGAGUCAGCCCUUUUCCGAUCAAAACUGUUACGGAUUUUAAUUCAACAGGCUAUUGUCUCGUUAUUUAUUUCAAGCUGGUGUAUCACACUUGCUCGAGCCCUGCCUAAUCGAGAUGAGGAUAUUAUUCCAAUGCUCCAAAAAGCCGCAGAACACCGCCUUCAGCUUCUGAGGACCAGCACAGCAGACAUCGAAAAAGCCAAAGUCUGUGGAGGCUUUCUUACAGUUGUUGGGACAAUUUUUGCAGUUUUUCCUCCUGUUCGGAAAGUCGGCUUCUUAUUGCUGGUUCCUGGAGUAGUGGUGACAGCUGGAUCCUUUUAUGCUGAGAUUAUUGUGGAGGAAACAGGAGAAAAAGAUAUCGCAAGAUUACAGAUACUGAAGAACAAAGCUUCUAUCUUCGCUUCAAGGUUCCGAGAAGCUGCGGAUUUUCUUGAUGCCUUUCACGGAAGCCUCAGGAAGGCAAAACUGUUUGGAUCUUUCAAGGCAUUGGCUAGUGGAAUUUUCUCAGCGAUCGCUAGUUUUUUUAACUUUAAGAGUGGAGGACCGAGCUUACCGUUGGCUGCCAUCGACUGGAUGCUGGAGGGAACUGACGGUGAAUUCAGAACUGGAACCCAAUUCACUGACAAGAUAACUCAGAAAGUAGAAGCCUUACAGGCUGAGUGGGAGGACUUUGUCAAAACAGUUAUUCAAGAGUGUGAAAUCCUGCACAGCAUGCAACACACGAUGUACUCCAGAAACCUCCUAGACCAUGUUUUUCAUUUUCUGGAAAGAUUACAAUUGUUCACAAGCAGAGUGGGAGGUAGGAAGGAUUCCAUUACUACAGGUGUAGCCAGGAGAAGUUCUACGUUCAGGGGACUCACAGAACUGGCAGAACUUGAAGCAUCAACAGGAUCACUAAUGCGUUACAAUAGCCCUAUAAUGAUACCCUAUAACUUCAUUGAAAUGAUCUUAGCAGCUUUUGAUUUUGCGUUUGGCAGACAGUCGGAAGCAACACGAACUCUUACACAGCGCGCUAACAUCGCACAGCAAGUUAGUAACAUGUUAGUCAGAAUAAUUGACACGUUUGAAUGGACAGAGCUAUAACAUCCCAUAGUGUACAUUCUUAUUGCUUGAAGCUGAAAUAUUUGUAUUUUGAAACACGAGUUUUUCCUUGCAUUUAAUACCGGCAAAAAUAAAUUAUUGUCAUAUUUGCUUGGAUUUUCUUCGCCAUUUAUUUGGUGAUUCGUAGAAUGCAGCUGUGGAAAUGACUUGAAUAAAAGGCUUGUAUAAAAGCUUUUGUUAUGGCAGAGAGGUAGAUAAAUGUUGUAGCCUAAGCUAUCACAAAAGAAACACUUUGCUUUUGGAAAGUUGCUCCUCUUCUUCAUAGUUUUUGUGCACAGCUAUGUUUACUAUAAUAAUAUGCUUGUGUUUACUAUCGAAAUAUGGUUGUGUUCCACUUGAUAUUAAACUUUAAAUGAUGUCAUCACUAAAGAAGCACCUUUCUGAGGGAAAGUUAUUCAUUUUGGUUUCCUGAAAACGCUAAAUGCAUGAAUAAAAGUUAGUAUGGAGUACUUUAUAUUAAAGUUAUCAUUUUACUUCGAUUUUUCCUUAGAAUAAAUUUAAGUGUAGUCAUUUUAUAUUGAUAAUGACAAAAGUAACGCAUACUUCUUAAAGCCAGUGUCUGUUAAUCGGGGGAAAAAGUUGUACUAUUUUUUAUUCUAGCACAUGUUAAUCGAUAUUAUUUCAUGUGAAAGGCAAUCGAUUUUUCAUUAAGAAUGUUCAGUAGGAAUACUGUUUGCACUGUGUAACGCCUCCGCUCAUUGUUACAUAUUUGUACUUGCAACCUGCUAUUCUUCGUUUCCAUAUUGUAUAUGACACAUUUUUUUGAUUGAAACAAAUGCUUCAGUGAUGUUUACUUUCUUUUUUUCAAAGACAUUUUAUGUAUCUCAAUAUUAUGCUUUUAUAACCAGUUAUUUCAUGGCGACUAUAUUAA